UGAACCAACCAGUAUCGCCCCGAUAAAGAUGACAGACGUUCAUCGAAACGUGGGCUGUUGUACUGUAUGUAAAUCAUCUUUAAUACGAAUAUGUUUGUUUUCUUCCUCCACAGUGACCGUGAACUUCCUGAGUGGUGAGGAGCAGACGUCUCUCCACCUGGGGAAGACUCCCAUCGCCGAUAACAAGUGGCACUCCAUCCUGGUGCGCGUGGCCGGCGUGCUGCACGACACCAACACCGUGGAGCUGUACGUGGACUGUGCGCUGGACGACAAGGUGAGGACGAACGCACCUGUGCUGGAGUCCCUUGGCGCCAGCUACCUGGAGACCGUCGCUGAGCUGAGAGUGGCACAGAGGGGACCUGGCAAGGGGCAGCUCAAGUUCAAG